CUUUUCGAUCCACCUGCCUUAGCCUUCCAAGUAGUUAGGAUUAUAGGUGCAUACCACCCGCGCCUAGCUGAUGUCAGCCUUUUUACAGGUGAGGGAAUUGAGACUCCAGGAAGGUGCAGGAGCUGCCUAAGGUCAUCCAGCUAACAGAGCAGCAAAUCCAGGUUUGGAACCUGGUCUCUGCCCUAACUGCUAACCCUUCUGCAUACCCCAGGAAUGGAUGAAAUCUUAGAGAAGCCCUAAAGUCUUCCGGGGGUUUGGAGGUGGUUCCCUCCUUGAACUGAGGGAAAAGUUGAAGCCCAGGGGCAGGAACGGACCUGCUAAGGCCUUAUAACAGAGCUGGAAUGCAGUCUAACACCCUGACCUCAUUCCAGUCUCUCUCCAUAAAUUCCACACUAUCUCUUAGACCAGACUGGAGAUGUGGGGUACUCUGAGCCACAGCACCUUGAAGAGAAUGGUCGAAUCACUUAAAAGUAAUCUAGGAUCCAUUCCUGAAAGCAACUAGUAGAGAGAGCUCUUACCUACAUAACUGGACUCUUAUUCACAACUAAACAAGAAGAGAAGGUACUAGAGCCUUCUCUGAUCACUGGUUUAAUUUGAUCAUUUCAAAAACAGACAAAUUUACUUUGAAGGUCUUUCUGGAAGCUAGCCAAAGUCCCCCUAGUUGCCAACAGAAAACCCCAUCUUUUUUCUCGGUGAAGAUAGAUAGCAACUGGCUGCUGCUUUCUCUCUAGCACAGCUCUUCAGAGCCUGUUACUUCAAAGCCAGCUAAGAAAGGACUGGUUGAAUAUGGGCCUGGGGAUGUUCCAGGAGGGUGGGAAGGUGGCAGGCAGGAUGAGGAAGGCCCCCUUGGGCUGCAGCUCCAGCUCCUGUCCUGCUGACUCAGGCAGCUGAUGUGGAGCCUUGUGCCCUGCCAGGGCCUGCUGCCUCCUGCCCGCCUGGGCUCCUGGACUUGGGAAAUGGAAGCCUGAGGCAAAAGGAGGUAACAGACAGGAACUGAGUCAGGCUCAACAGGCCAGAGCUGGCAGGAGGUGUCAGGCAGCCUGACUCCCAGAUUCAUCCCGGAGCCUCAAAAGAGGAGAAGGGGGAUGAGAGGGCUUCCUUUCCUCUGCUUGGGUAUGCUGAAGGCAUGGAACCUGUGAUAUGAACCAGGCCCCCUGGCUGAAGCGGUGGGAAGAGAAUUCCUCCUUAAUUUAGGAGAAACUCUGAAAUUCCUAGGCCUAACAGGCUCCCAUUGUCUUGGGAUCCCUAGGUUUCCCCCAGGACUUGGGGAAGCCCAGGUUGAUGACUAGUGCAAAAGAAGGUCCUUGAGGGCCCAGGGCCUGCUGAGACCAGAGGAGUGGCCUAGAUGGAGAGAGAAGAGGCAUUGCUGAGGGGCUGUGACCAUUCAUUUUACACCUACAGGAUCUGAGGCUUACAGAGGUUGUCACUUGGCCAAGGUUACCACGACUUGUAAGAACUGAACUCAGGCAGUUGAUUCUAAAGAUACAGGUUACUCUGUCUCAUGGAAAACAAGGCAUAUUAAUAAGUUGGAGAUGAUGGGGAAAAAAAAAGUCAGGGAGUCUCUCUACCUAAAGACACUCUCUAUAAGUGGUAUUCUAAUGUAACUACUUUCCAUCAUUUUCUGUCAGUGCUCUGAUUAGAGCAAAGCCUUCAGGAUGUCAGGCCUAAAAUCCUGUCUGCUUUCUUUUAAACUCUUCAAUAUUAGCCCACAUAAGUCCUUACUUGUGGCAGAGAGGCAGAUCUCAACUUCAGUUCUUCAGAGUUCUGGGCCUCCAGUGGGCAAAGAAAGUGCUCAGAUACUCAGGGGAGCUGGGGGAGACACAGGCCUGUGAAAUGGUCCCAGGUCAAGGAUCAAACUAGCUGGAUCCCAGAGGGGAGUAUCAUCUCUGAGCCAUUCUGAGCUUUGGGUAGGGCAGGGUAGAAAAGCAGGAAGCCACCCUCAUGGGCCCAGAGCCAGCACUCUUAGUUGAUUCUUGAUGAAACUUGAAGACAGGACACCCCCCCCCCGCCCUGCCAACUAGCAGCGACAGAAGGUUAGCAACAGAGGAAUCUCCAUCUCUGAGGCCUCUUUCAAGGGGUCAGAGAUAGGGCCAUGGUCAAAGAGAAGGAACAGGGAAACUUCUGGAAGACAGGUUUGGGGGAGACAUCACUCAGCUCGAACUGCCGCCCCAUAAAACGAAAUGAUAUGUGUUGCUGCCAUCUCCCUUGCCUCAGCUCCGUCUCUCCCCAGGUUGCUAGCGUUCCCCCCCAGGGGGAUCAAACUGGACUGAGCACCUUGGUGGCCUGCUUCCCAGCCUCUGACAGAAGGCAGUCUGAGUCAGACAGGAAAAUGGGACAGUCAACCAGCUGGGCCCCCACCCUUGGUGAGCCCAGCUGAUACAUGAUAGUAGGCAGCUUCAAGGGGCAGGUGACCUGGCAUGGAGAGCCAGAGGGUAAGUCCUCAGACAAGUGGCAACAGGCCACCAACUUGAAAGGGAAAAUUGUGCUGUGAUGGGGAAGGUGUAGAAGGAACUUACUGGGUGACUAAUUACAAAGGCUGGGCUGGAGCGUCAGAGGCCACUUGUUAAACUCUUCAUUAAGUGGCAACCUGAAAGCUGCUACAUAUGCAUUCUGGGAGCUCAGAGGGGACCUUGAGAGAGAAUGGAGACCAGGGGAUGGAAUGAUGUUUAGGUAGACUCAGGAAGAAGCCUGGAAGAAAGGUGUUGAUGGAAGCAAUAUAGGGAGCUGGUAGCUGUGUGACCUUGGGCAGAUUUUGCCCCUCUCUGAGACUUAGUAUUCCCAUCUCCAUGGACCUGUGCACAUAGACAUAAUGGGAAUUAAGUUAGAUUAGGGAUUUGAAAGUGCUUGGGAAACUAUGAUUCUAUGGAAACAUGAGCUAUAUAGCCUGAACCAAGGAAGGAUCCACAUUCUGCUGCUCCUGGCUUGCUGGACUCUGUCUAGGCUGAAGUAGCCAGGUAGCUGAAGCCAUUCUUACCCCUAGAAGGGUGCUGAGAAGGAGAAUCUGAUUGGGGAAUCCAGGCCACUUCCUAAUGAGGGUACCCUUGCAUUGCAACCGUGAACGGCAGGAGGCAGCCUGGAGCCCCCAUAGGUACCUGCCCUGGUGGAGCCCACACCUACAUUUCUCCUGAUUGUCCUGAUGACUCACUCACACAUCCCAGCCCUUUUACCUUUAAGGAAGAGCCGGAAAGGGUGUGGGGAGAAGAGGAGAAGGAGGCAGGUCCUGGGCCCCAGUCCCGCCCCUGCUCCUCCCCACCCUACCCUGGGCCAGGCCACCCAGCCAAAAGGCAGACCGAGAGUCGGAGAGGCACAGAGUCCAGCAUUGGUCCCAAGGCAGCCAGUUAACUCGCCGCCAGUCUGUCUGUCCCCAGAGCCAUGGAGAGAGCCAGUCUGAUCCAGAAGGCCAAGCUGGCAGAGCAGGCUGAACGCUAUGAGGACAUGGCAGCCUUCAUGAAGGGCGCCGUGGAAAAGGGUGAGGAGCUCUCCUGUGAAGAAAGAAACCUGCUCUCUGUGGCCUACAAGAACGUGGUAGGCGGCCAGAGGGCUGCCUGGAGGGUCCUGUCCAGCAUUGAGCAGAAGAGCAACGAGGAAGGCUCGGAAGAGAAGGGCCCCGAGGUGCGAGAGUACCGGGAGAAGGUGGAGACCGAGCUCCGGGGUGUGUGCGACACCGUGCUGGGCCUGCUGGACUCCCACCUUAUCAAGGAGGCCGGAGAGGCGGAGAGCCGGGUUUUCUAUCUGAAGAUGAAGGGCGACUACUACCGCUACCUAGCCGAGGUGGCCACUGGUGACAACAAGAAGCGCAUCAUCGACUCUGCCCGGUCAGCCUACCAGGAGGCCAUGGACAUCAGCAAGAAGGAGAUGCUGCCCACCAACCCCAUCCGUCUGGGCCUGGCCCUGAACUUUUCCGUCUUCCACUACGAGAUUGCCAACAGCCCCGAGGAAGCCAUCACGCUGGCCAAGACCACUUUUGACGAUGCCAUGGCUGAACUGCACACCCUCAACGAGGACUCCUACAAAGACAGCACCCUCAUCAUGCAGCUGCUGCGAGACAACUUGACCCUCUGGACAGCCGACAACGGCGGGGAAGAGGGUGGGGAGGCUCCUGAGGAGCCCCAGAGCUGAGCCUGCCCGUCACCCACCUGCAGCCCUGCCCUCCAGUCCCCAGCCCUCCAAGAGGACUAGUAUGGGGGGGAGGCCCUGCCUUCCCAGACCCUUCCCAAUGCUCUGCCCCAACUCCGAAAGCCUUGGAGGGGAGCAGUGGAGCUGAGCCCACCCUGGGCUGGGGAUCCCACUCUGCAUGCAGCUGUCAGGUGCUCCUAACCGCAGGUGGUCCCACUCACCCCUGCUCUCUGCACCCCCUUUCCUCCCGUCUCUGCCCCUGACUGGGCUACCCACCCUCCUGCUGUCUAUUAGGAAUUGAGGAGUGUCCCACCCCUGGUGGCUGAGAAUGGACUGUGUGGCAGAGCCUGGAGAUGAGAGAGAGAGAAGAGAGAGAGACAGAGUGUGUGUGUGUGUGUGUGUG